AUGAUUGGAAAGGCAACAGCUUUGUUUCUAGAAGAGGAUGGAGGGUUCCCUGACGAUAAGAUAUUCAACACACUCCUGCCGAUCGCCCGUGAGCUCGAUCACACUGUCUUUCACGACCCCGCGAAAGGCAUCAAUGCGAACUAUGAUCAAUUUAUGACUGAUGUGAUUCACAUGCGGCACCAGUUGAAGAAACAACUUUCGAGAUAUCUUGACCCUCAAAACAACUCGAUCUUCGCGGAGUCUGUCCUGAUAUGCGCGCUGGCUCCUGCAAACUACGAAUAUGCCGUUGCAGUAUUCGCAAUUCUGGCUCUUGGCGGAACUGUUGUGCCUUUGCCUAGCUGGAUGGGUGGCAGCAUGCCCGUACCUCUCAUAGUUCUCGGAGGAGCCCGAGCUGAGAUUAUUGACCCUGCUGCUCCGGCACAGGAAUAUUGGGAACGACUGCGGACCGACAAAAUCACCACCAUCAUGUCAAACGUCGUAUUAUGGGACAAACUAGCCAGACACUACAAGACCCAUCUCAGAAAUCACCCCGAUAGAGAUGAGUAUCUCGCAGGAAUAAGAAAUCUGCGCAAUCCUAUAAUUUCUGCAAGUGUGCCAACCCCGUCACUUUUGAAGUUCUAUCGAGAAGAGAUCCAGAAGCCACUCAACAUUGUUUACGGCUCUACUGAAGCGGGCAAGGCUGUUAUCGGCAUGUCUGCUGAGGAAGAUAAAAAAUUGAUAGAACAUCGUGGAAUUGGAAGGCCCCUAUAUCCCAACCACCCUGUCAAGCUUUCCGAUGGUGAUAGUGGAGAGCUUCUAAUUGGAGGGAUGGAAACAUUCAUGGGAUAUCUCAAUGACGAUGUGGGAGGCAAGGCUAUCGUUGACAAGGAAGGCUUUUUACACACUGGUGAUAUUUGCCACAAGACUGGAGAAUAUCUCUUCUUUGAUGGUCGUGUAUCUGCAGACUUUCUCAAGGCCCCCGGUGGUCCAGUCCCUCUCUGCCAGCUGGAGGAGAUUAUCCAAAAGUUCAAAUACUUUGAAGAGGCGUACGUCAUCCCCGUGGAGGAUAAAGUGUUUGGCAGUAGGGUCGGAGUUAUUGCCCGACCUUUCGCCGAAGCAAUCAAUAUUGAACGCUUGCGAAACGACCUGAUAUCUAUGGUCCCUCCCCAUAUGCUCCCUACUGCUUUCCGUUCUCUUGAUCCCGAUGAGGUUAUUCCAUUAACAUAUACGGAUAAAAUUGCGAAGAUGGAUAUCAUGAAACAGUUUUUCUCAUACGACGCAGAAGGAAAGUUACCGAGUGCCGUGGAGGUGAUUGAUAUUGAGGUUUAG